AUGUUGUUCUUGAAACUCACAUUAUCUUAUCUGUGUUCUGUAAGGAACUUAUCAGAUGAGGAUGAGUUUUUGCAGAUGGAAAGCUUUUUUGAUUUCAUCUUAAAUGAAUAUUCGUGGCUGAUCGACUCAUACAUGAUCAAUUACUUCAUAGACGACUUGUGGAAUAGACUGCCAAAUUCGUGGCGAUGUGCUUUGGAUAAUGUUGAGCCGGAGGAUUGCAUUUGUCUUGUGGAUGUUACGGUACCACCACGGAAAGUGUUACCGCUUUCCUUGACGUGUCUACGAAUUCUCAUGAGAUGUUUGCCUUCACGCGAAGCAGUUGAGACUCCUGGCCAGGUAGCUGAAGCCUGUGGAAUUGAGAAUGCUUCGCAUGCUGAUUUCGCAGCAAUCACAUCUCGAGAGAAUUGGAGGACAAAAUUGAAACCGAAGAAACAGUAUGAGAUAGAUCGUAUCGUAACGACAAUCGAUCUGCUGAGAAAGGACAGUUCAGGCCCUUCUUUCAACACAGUCAUCGAUAUUGGAGCCGGAAUGGGACAUCUUACC